AAAGUAGUCAAUAUUAAAACAAUAUCUCGACUUCAUAAAAUAAAUAUUUCUGACAUGGCGAAUCUGUUAUUUCGAAAGUAAAGGAGUAUUUACUUGUUUCAUGUAGUCCUGGUUCGGCGAGUUAUGAAGCUAUUGCUGAGAUCUGAAGAUGCUUGGUGUCCGAUCUCUUGCCAGUUUUACAUCAUCAUGGAGCAUGCUGAGAAUCACUCUACAAGCCAGCCACAAUAAAUGCAAUUAUGACUCAUUAUAUUAUAUACCAAGGUUGUAUAGCUGCUACACAAUACACACAAAUAAGUGUCAAAUCAGUAAACAUGCACAUUUCAAUAGUCCUUGCAAGAGAGCCUUUCUGUUGCAGUCAUUUGGUCACCAUCGAGCUAUGUUUUCUAAGGACAACAACCAACCUCCAAAGUCCAGUUUCUCAGCCAGGAUAAAGCUUCAAACACGACUGGCCAUGACGAUGCUUGUUGGAGGUGCUAUAAUUGGCACCUGGUGGUAUGUGCAUGAGGAAAAACAGCAGAAGUUGCAGAUGCAGCGGAUAGAGCAGUUGAAGAAAGUGGCCAUAGGUCAGGGAGACUUCUGCUUGCUGGACCACACUGGUCAGCAACGGACCAAAAAGGACUUCCUGGGGCAAUGGGUGCUUAUAUACUUUGGCUUCACACACUGCCCUGAUAUCUGCCCUGAGGAAAUGGAAAAGAUGAGCAGUGUGGUAAAGCUGCUAGAUGAGACAAACCUGCCUUCUGUGCAGCCAUUGUUUAUAACUGUCGAUCCGGAAAGAGAUGAUGUGGCUGCUAUGGCUAAGUACAUCACAGAUUUUCACCCACGGCUGAUUGGAUUGACUGGGACACCCGAAAAGGUAAAGGAAGUCGGACAGUCUUACCGGGUUUACAUGAGUGCUGGACCCAAAGAUGAAGACGGAGACUAUAUUGUGGACCACACCAUCCUUAUAUACCUCAUCAGUCCAGAUGGCCUUUUCCUGGACUAUUACAACCGAAUGAAAAAUGCCAAACAGAUUGCUGAAAGUAUUCAACAACACAUGAAGAAUUAUAAGACGUUAUUCCCUAGCCAACAUUAAGUCAAGUACAGGGAGAUUUCAUAAUAUAUUGCAAAAUAAAGUGUACUUGGAUAUGA